UCCCUGCUGUUAAGCAAAGUGUUUCCUAUCAUCGUUUUCCUGAUGAUCCUCACACUAAAAACAAAUGGAUUGAAGCAACUGGUCGCAAAAACUGGUUUCCUUCAAAAUGCAGCCGGAUUUGUUCUAUACAUUUCGAAGAAGAGACCUUUACUGGCCCACCAUCCAAGUACCGACGAGUAAUCGCUACAGCUUGUCCAACUAUUGAUGUAGUGUUCAUGUCUAAUAAUCAACAGAUAGCUCAAUCUUCUCUAGAGAAGGACUCUAAGAACAACACGCCCAGGAAGAGAAAUCUCGAAGAGGAUAAUGACGAGCCAUCUACAUCAGACGAUAAUCCAUUAACGCCAAGCAAGAACAAAAUAUUAGUCAAACUGAAAAGAGCAAGGCUAAUGAUAAAAGUGAAAGACAGAGUAAUAAAGUGCCUGAAGGAACAAAACCGUCGAAAAGCAAAAAAAAUACUUUCCCUAAUGGAAGUAAUAACGCGCUUAAAAAAGAAAGCCUUGACCAGUGACGAAAAAGCUGACGAGAAGUAGGACAACACAUGUUACGACUAAAUAACGUCAUAAAUUAGUGAAAUAAGUGGAUUGAAACUUAGGCUAGCAAGAAUUUGUUACCUUCCAAAUAAAUCAUGAGAUCUCACUUUCAGACUUUUAAUGUUUUUACGUCCAGUAGGACGAAAGCCUAAUACUAUAAUUAAAAUUAUAACAUUAAUUAUUAGGCAUGUUUUUACUUUUGAUGGUUUUUCUUUUGGUCAGCUCUAAAUGGUCAGCUUCCUUUAGAUUUUUUUCAACUUCAGCAGCUUCAGGUUCUCUAAUUCUUUCAUCUACAUUGUCUUUUAGAACUUUAUUUUUCUUCUUAUUCUUCGUAUCCUAUUUACUAUAGUAUAUGCGCCAUUUUUCUUAUUUAUCUCUGAUGUUCUUGCUCUUGUUUUAAAUAUAAUUUACUUUGUGUUUUUCCUUCAUA